CCCGCCGGCGCCAGCUCUGUUCCACCUUCAGCCUUCGAUCGUGCACCACUGCUCCCUGUCCCCCUCUUGCGCCAGCUCUGCCCUGUUCUGCGCUCCCUCAGUCCCUGAUGACAUCGUUCAGCACUACCAUGAGUCACUGUCCUCAGCCACCUCCAACUCCUUCCUCAGCCUCUAACCAUCUCCCCGCCACCUUCACAUCCCUCAACAGCCUCCUCUCCCUCUCCAACACUGCUCUCCAAGUUACUCCUCCCUCUCCCAACCUAACAACCAACCUCAUCCCAUGCCCCUUUAACCCCAACCACCUCCUGCCCCCUGACUCCCUCUUCCACCACCACCUACGCUGCCCCUCCUCUCCUUGCCCCAUCCCCCUCCCUUUCCACUCCCUUGCUUACCCUAACACACUCUACUCCCCUCCCAACCGCACCCUCUCACUCCAACCGUUCUUACACUUCACCUCCAACUUCUUUUACCGCCAUUGCCCCGGUGUUGUUUCCUUCUCCAACGCCAAUUCCCUCACCACAGAAACCCUCACCCUUCCAUCCCCUCUCUCUCUCAAUUGCACCGAUUCGAUAAACAACAAUUUCGAUUACCGGAAUUUGCGUUUUCGCCUCCUUCCUUCCGAAUACUGCGCAAUUAUGCGCGAACUAGAAUCGUGGAACGAUUUUCCCCCUAAGCACUCAGACUUUAUUCUUCGCGCCAUUUUAGGUUUAGGGCUUGCGAAGGAGCGUGACCUGGCGCCGUGGAUAAUAGCGAACUCACCUCGAUACGGCGUCGUAAUAGACUCGCCUAUGCAGAAACACAUAUUCUUGCUGUGUUGUCUGUGCCUCAAAGCGAUUCUGAGAGAAGCUCUUGCUUCUUACAUGGAGAACCGAAAUUCUGAGUGCUCCGUUUUAAACGAGGCACUGACGUGGCUGCAAUCUCAACUUUCGAUCUUGUACGGUGCGAUUAAUGGAAAAUACUUCAUUCUUAAUUUCCUGAAGCAUUGUGUUUUAGUUGGCGCUUCCGUGCAUUUGCUGUUUCCUUUAGGGGAAGUGGUUUCCGCGGAAGCUUCUGAUUUAGGGAAAGAAUCCAAGGAUUUAGGUGCUGACAAUUGUGGCAUCGAUGAUUCAAAAUCUGAUAAUCGAAACGAGGAAGAGAUCAAUUGUGUAGUCACAACAAAGAUUUUCGAGUCUCAGAUUUCGGCAGCUGUUGCAGCAUUGCAUGAGCGGUCUUUGCUUGAAGGCGAAAUUAGGAGAAUAUGGUUCUCUCAUCAGCCAAGUAAACAGCAGCUGUUUGCUGAGCACUGUUAUCUGUCUGAGAGAGCAAGUGAGGAGCGGGGAAAGCGUGUUGAUUAUAGGCCUGUAAUUGAUCAUGAUGUUCUUCAUCGGCAGAAGUUGGCAAAACAGGAUGCAUCUAGACAAAAGACAAGAGAGGAAUUGCUAGCUGAAGAAAGGGAUUACAAACGUCGGAGAAUGUCUUACCGUGGGAAGAAGAUACAGUCAUCAGCUAUACAGGUGGCAAGGGACUUGAUAGAGGAAUACAUGGAGGAAAUCAAGCAGGUUGGAGGGGUUGAGAAUCCUGUGAAAGUUUCUGAAGAAAAUGGGACGUUUCAAUCUAAACCUCCCUCUGGUGAUGUCAUUCCUGUGGAAGUUAAUAAUUCACGGAAAACUGCUUAUGACUCACAUGCAGCGAUAAUCACUAACUCAAGUUACAUUGAGCAAAGAUCAUACACUAAGUGCUCUGAAAAAACAAAACCUGAGGAGGAUAUGCCUUCUAGACAUAAUGAGCAACAUAGAAGACAACAUUACAUGAGCCAUGAUUAUGUAGGAGAGAAACAGAAUGCUGGUAAAGUGAAAUAUGAUAAAGAUAAUGAUUCUGCAAAACCUGAUAGACACAGAAGUCAUAGCCAAUCAUAUGAGCAUAGCCAUCAUCAUCAGAAGCAAGAUUACUCAGAAAGAAAGAAGUAUGAUUACUCAUCAAGAGCUAGGGAUAGGUGGCAAAAGGACUCAGACAGGAAUAACGUUUCAGACUCUUCCAUGAAGGAUGCAUUUUCAGAUCGAUACAUGCCUUCAGAAUCUCUUGAUAUUUGUGAGGAUGACAUCUCCUCUGUUGCCAAAUAUACCAAGCCUGAAAGAUUGUCAUAAGGAACUUUGUUCAGAAUGUCUUGGCUAGCUAGAAUUGUUAAGUUUUUUCUCCGGUUGUAUUAACUUAUCAAGCUUCAGCAAUUUUACCAAUGUAUCCUUCUUUGUAUCCUUAACUGUGAAAGUACAUCUCUAAGAAAGCUUUCUUUGUUGUGUAGUCUUUCUGUUCUUUAUCAUUAAUCUCAAGGUAAAAGCAACAAAAUGCCAAUUAAGUCAAUAGCAAUUAAAUCUAUUACGUCACUAAAUUUUCAGUCACUACAUGAUUGUUUACUUAUAUUUUUUAUUGUAAUCAAUUAUGUUAUGCAUGUGCUAGGAUAAAAUUGUAACGGGGGAUAUUGGAUAAUAUUCCUUGUUUUUGCUAUUAAACUAUUUGACUAUUAAAAGAGCAAUAUGAUAUUUAGUUAUUAAUGUGAAGCAGCUCUACUGACACCUUAACACUUAACAGUCUUAUGUUUUUUGAUGUCUCAAUAAGCACUGAUUGGAUGUGAAUUAUUGUUUUUUCGUCUUUUCAUUUUUUCAAAUCAAUAAUAGUUUGCCUCCUGUUUACUGCCAGUCUGUUCUAAACCAUAGCUUAGAACAGUCCCGUGGAAAGGUUAUCAUUUAAAACCAUGCAUUUAUUAGAAGAAAAUUUAUUAAGUGUUUCAGCAUUAUGUGAUGUCUAUAUGCCUUUUUACUUGGCUAGCUACUCUUUUGCUCUGAUUUCAAACCUGCUAGAACCAACAGAAUGUGUCAGUAUACUUGGCUAGCUACUCUUUUAUUAAAGGAUUGGUUUGUUUAGAUUUUAUGAUUUCCUAUUUUUUUAAGUUACAGCUACAUAUAUGCAACUCCAUCUUACUCUGGAUUUCCUUUUUUGUUCCCCGUUGCUGCUUUGAAUAUGUUGCUUAUAUUACCUGUUUAUGUUCUGAGUACUUUUUAUUUCUUAUUAAGCCUGACAUGAUCACUUAUUCUGACCUGAUGAUGUAUUGCUUCUCCGAUUCCAGAGUGUUUUGCCUCUGAUAUCCUGCCUUUAUAGUUACUCAAUAUCCUAUUUGGCAUCUUGCUUCUUCAAUUACAUUUAAUUCUAAUAUGGUUCCUAGAUAUACUUCUAUUCCUCCUCCAUACACUGCCUUGUCAAUUCUUUCUUAUUGUGUCCACUAAGUUCUGUAAUAUAUGAUAUAUUUUUAAUAGAAAAAAGUUUCUUGGCAAGUUGAGGUUGCUUAUAUCCUUGUUAGUUGGUGCUUUUAACUUGAGGUGUGCCCUGUAUAUUCUUUCUUUAUGUCUUCUGUUCGAUCUGAUGAAGGAGGUUUGCAAAAUUGUUACUACGAGAAGAUAUGUCACGUUGUGAAAAUGUGAACAGGUUUUCUGAGUCUAUUGAGGUCCAGAUGCUGCAAUAGAUGAACUCUGUUCAACCUUUAAAAUUAGUUUUACUAAUUUAUACAUUUACAUAAUCUUGACAUUGGUCUAAAGAUGUUUGACGUUUUGAUGGCCCAAAAAUAUUUUAAAUUUUUUAUUAAAAAACUGUGAAAAUACCUAACAUACCCUUUAGUUUAGCCGUAGUUUUGCCACAAAUUAUUAAUGGUUUAGAGUUUAGCUUUAGCGUUUGCAAAGUGCCUUCAUCGGUGACCUUUUUUGUAAAUUACAUUGAUAAAUUAAAUUAAGGCGGAAAAAACUAACGAUUUUCAUGUGAAAAAGAAUCCGAUCUCGUUAAAUAAUAAUGCUA